UAAAGCACUCAUCAUCAGACACGUGUAACCGCCUCCUCAAAACCUCCCAAAAUAUCAAAACCCCAAAAAUAAAAAAAAAAAUCGAAAAAUUCAAAACCUCCAUUAAAAUAAAACUGUAUAAUCAUCUCCUCAAAAAAAAAAAAAAAAAAAAAAAAAAACUGUAUAAUCAUCAUCUUUCCAAAACUCUGAAAAAAUAUAUAAAACCAUGUUACGAUUAGCAUACCAUAUCACAAUCUUCAGAAAAAUCUCUCUCAUAAUCCACCUGUUUUACGAAGCACUUGUUCCUUCUCUUUCAAGAUACUUUUAACUUUUAAUCAAUCAUCUUUUUUUCUCUAAAUACGCACAUCAAGUGUUCGAUCAUUUGUUUCAAAGAAAAAGAAGAGUUAGAAGAAUGCCGAUGUUGGGGGUGCCAAUAUGUGUGGAGUGUGGGACCAGAAGUAACCCGUGUAGGUGUAAGAUAGUGGGACCCACUGCUGGGUUCCUAGCGUUUGUGGUGGCGGCGGUGGUGGAGUGGCCGUUGGGUGCGUUGGUUUACCCGUUUAAGCAUCGGAAGGGUCGGAAGAUUAUGGGUCACCCUGUUUCUGUGGUUUAUCCUUCUGUUACUAAUGCUAUUCCCAUUUGAUGGGAUUACUAUUGAUAUAGUUUUAUUAAAAAUGUACUUAUGAUCAGAUUAUAAGUGUAUUAAUUGUAGUAUUAGUUGCAAACUUGGAAUGUUAUACGAAGUAGUAAGUGUUUAGGUUUAUCUAAUUAUGGUAUUGUACUUCAUAUGUGUUUUGUAAUUGAAAAUAGAUGUUGGAUGAAUGACAUCCUAAUUGCUUUAAUAGGAACACUUCAUAGACGCUUUGGAUCA